UGUCUACACUGUUAACCAGGACCACAGGGUGGAGCUGUUUGCAGCGUCUCCUCUCCACAGUGUAUUGGUGAUCAGCUAUGAGAUGCUGCUCCGCUCUCUGGAGGUGGUACAGAAGCUGGAGUUUGGGCUGGUGAUCUGUGAUGAGGGUCACAGGUUGAAGAACAGCAGCAUCAAGACUUCCUCUGCCCUCAGUGGUCUCAGCUGUACACGCAGAGUUAUUCUGACAGGUACUCCUGUCCAGAAUGACCUGCAGGAGUUCUAUGCCAUCAUAGAGUUUGUGAACCCGGGCAUUCUGGGGUCAUCUGCUGCCUACAGGAAGGUGUAUGAGGAGCCAAUCCUCCGCUCCCGACAGCCCAUCUGCACUGAGGAGGAGAGAGUUUUGGGGGAGGAGCGAGCGGCUGAGCUCUCUCGUCUGACUGGUCUGUUUAUUCUGAGGCGGACCCAAGAGAUCAUCAACCGCUACCUGCCGCCUCGUCUUGAUUGGACAGUGUUCUGUAGCCCCUCCCCCUUGCAGCGGGAACUGUACCAGGCUCUCCUCUCGCACCGUGUCAUCCGAGCCUGUCUACUGGGGUCGACUCAGACACAGACUCACACACACCUCGCCUGCAUCACCAGCCUGAAAAAGCUCUGCAACCACCCAGGACUGCUCUACUCCGCUGUACAGGAGCGUUCUGAUGGCGGCUCAGCAGAGGGUUCUCUGUAUGAAGGGCUAAGAGGUGUCUUUCCAGAGUCUUACUCUUCUGGGGUCUUCAGUACAGCUGACUCAGGGAAACUACUGGUCCUGUCUGACCUACUGACCACUAUUCGCCACCUCAGCCCUACUGACAGGGUGGUGUUGGUGUCAAACUACACUCAGACAUUAGACCUACUCCAGGACCUGUGUGUCCACCUGGGCUACACCUACUGUCGCCUGGACGGCAACACCCCCACCAUCCAGAGGCAGCGAUUGGUGGACAACUUCAACAGCCCUCACUCCGCCCACUUCCUCUUCCUCCUGAGUUCUAAAGCCGGAGGGGUGGGGCUUAACCUGAUCGGCGCCUCCCACCUGGUCCUGUACGACAUCGACUGGAACCCUGCCAACGAUAUACAGGCAAUGGCACGAGUGUGGAGAGACGGACAGAAGAAGACUGUUCACAUCUACCGCCUGCUCACUGCAGGUACCAUAGAGGAGCGUAUCUUCCAGAGGCAGGUGUCCAAACAGGGGCUUUCUGGGACAGUGGUGGACUUGGGGAAAGGGGCAGAGCACACCAGCUUCUCUUCCAAUGAGCUGCGAGAUCUCUUCAGCCUGACGGACACACCCUGUCUCACUCACGACCUGCUACACUGCAGCUGCAGUAUGGACGGAUCAGCCCCAGAAGAAGGCGAGGAUGAGGCGCCUGCGUCUGAUAGGCCGUGUCAGCUGGGUCGUCAAGGUGACCGUGGUGGGGCAGGGCAGAAGCAUCUGAGCAUGUCAGAGCUGAUGCAGUGGAGACACUUUGCAGGGGACACACACACCUUCAGAGAUGCUUACCUGGACCACGCACGAAACCACAUCUCCUUCGCCUUCCAGUCCACCAUCUCACACAGCACUCAGUAACACACACACACACACACACACAGGCUUUCCACAAAUGACCUCAUGCAGAGACCAAAGAAGUGUCCCUUUCUGAGAAACAUUGGACUAUGUUAUUCUUUCUUUAUAUUUUCUACUGUUUUUACAGUUUGAUAGAAGAGAAAGUGUAAAUUAUCGAAAUAAACUGCUAAGUUAUA